CUUCGACGCAGCAGUUACCGCUGAACCGCAUCCGUUGCCUGGGUCAUUUACAUUGAAAUUGGCGAAUUCUUUUUCAUUUUUGCGAAAAGUCGUGCUUGGUUAGCUUCAUUCUCCGUUUGUUUAGUCACUCGUCGUGUCUCUGAACAUGGCUGUUUUCCUACAGAAGUCUUCGACCUCGCUGUUUUUGGUUGGCAGACGGCUUUUGAACCCGGAGGUAACUUUCUGUUCAUAUCACAAAAAGGUGGUAGACCAUUAUGAAAACCCAAGGAAUGUGGGAUCUUUAGACAAAAAUGCCAAGGAUGUAGGGACAGGAUUGGUCGGUGCGCCUGCCUGUGGUGAUGUAAUGAAACUACAGAUCCAGGUGGAUGAAAAUGGAAAGAUUGUGGAUGCCAAAUUCAAGACUUUUGGGUGCGGCUCAGCCAUCGCCUCCAGUUCUCUUGCUACUGAGUGGGUGAAGGGGAAAACGAUUGAUGAAGCUUUGAAGAUCAAGAACACAGAUAUUGCCAAAGAACUCUGCCUUCCUCCAGUCAAGCUUCAUUGCUCAAUGCUUGCAGAAGAUGCCUUAAAAGCAGCUUUGGCAAACUACAGACUAAAACAACAGGAGAACAAGGGAGAAACCUGAAAAAGACACCAGUUAGCAUGUUAUUACCUACGUCUUAUUACCAGCGGUGCUCCUUGAAAGUUUAGUGACAUAUGGACUUAAAUCUCUGUGAGCUUUAUACACUUAAAAAUCAAAAUAGUAAAACGAUUAUUUCCUUAAUAAAGAAAAAAAAUGCUUCACAA